GCCUCACCGCAGAGAAAGGUCAUGUGGGGAGAUGAGCUUUCGUCUGUGAAAUGUAACAGAAUGGUGCAGCGAGAGCACAGAGAGUAUGCUGAGAGCCGUGUGGUCUUGCCGUGCUCCGUAGAAGAGUACCAAGUGGGACAGCUCUUCUCCGUGGCAGAGGCCAGCAAGAACGAGACGGGUGGCGGCGAGGGUAUCGAGGUGCUGAAGAACGAGCCGUACGAGAAGGAGGGCGAGAAGGGCCAGUACACACACAAGAUCUACCACCUGAAGAGUAAAGUGCCCACCUUUGUGAAGAUGAUUGCUCCAGAGGGGGCCCUGGUGUUCCACGAGAAGGCCUGGAAUGCCUACCCCUACUGCCGAACCAUUGUUACGAAUGAAUAUAUGAAAGACGACUUCUUCAUCAAAAUUGAAACAUGGCAUAAACCGGAUUUGGGGACACUAGAUAAUGUGCAUAUGCUGGACCCAUCCACGUGGAAGACGGUGGACGUGGUGCCUAUUGAUAUCGCAGAUGGAAAUCAAGUGGCUGCUGGUGACUACAAAGCAGAGGAGGAUCCAGCCCUGUUUCACUCUGUGAAGACUGGCCGGGGUCCACUGGGCCCCAACUGGAAGAAAGAGCUGCUCAGCAACACUGACUGCCCUCGUAUGUGUGCCUACAAGCUGGUCACCGUCAAGUUCAAGUGGUGGGGUUUGCAAAACAAAGUGGAGAACUUCAUUCACAGGCAGGAGAAGAGGAUCUUCACCAACUUUCAUCGGCAGCUUUUCUGCUGGAUCGACCGAUGGGUGGAGCUCACUAUGGAGGACAUCAGGAGGAUGGAGGAUGAGACCCAGCGGGAGCUGGAAGAGAUGCGUAAGAGCGGCUCAGUGAGGGGCACAAAGGCCAGCGAGGAGUAGCCUGCCCCUGGCCCUGCGCAGGUCUGCCUCCGGAAACAAGGCCAAGUGCGAGGGACCAGCGCGGCCAACGAUGACUGAGACACGGCUUGGCUGCCACGAAGACCACCACCACCAUGACAAACGGGCCCGCUGUGCCUCCCUCCCCCCACUGCCCGUCACUGAUCCUGGGGGGCUGUUACAGUUGAUCAGUAGUACUGCUUCUCACCUCAAUCCAAGCACGUCCUAUUUACAGAAAAUUUUUAAAAGCAAUGAAACAUUUUUGGCCAGCAAUGAUGUACAUUGAAAGAGAACUCUGAAAACAACCGGGAUGUUUUUUUUUUGUCUAAGAAUGUCUGCCCCCGCUCAAAAAAAAAAACUCACCAUAAACUAUGGUCUCAAAAUGGCAGAGACUAGGCCAAGCUGUCUGUAUGUCUUUGCCAUUUUUUUCUUUUGCUGACUUGGUAGGUUCUCUUGGUUGAUGGGGGUCUGUCCUCCCGGGUUCUUGGUCCGUUCCCCAUCAGGUGGCACUAUCUUGCUCAUCCGGACCUGCUGGGGAUGCUCAUAUGUGUUCUGCAUUGUUGGUUUGAUAUCCUGGUUUGGCUCCCUCACCCUAACUGUGUUUGUAAUGCCAGCAAACCUUGGCCUGAUGGGUAAUUUCAUGUAGCUCCACGCACUCCAUGCUUUGCUAAGAAUACCUCUGGUGUACACCCACACACGCACGCACAAAGACACUCCCUCACCUGCCCUUUCUGUCAGACUCACACACGUUUCACUGGCCUAAAUUCAGUGGUGUCCCUCCUGGCGAAGAGGGGAGUUUUAUGACUUUAUGGCUCUGCUGGUCAUGAAGGGCUUCGUUUCAAAGAUGUUUCUCACUCUGACUUUCUCCUUGGCUCCCUUCACGACGAAGGUUGUCCAGUGUUCCUUCAGUAGGGUUGUGGAGAUGAUCCACCACUGUGCCAGACUCAGACCUAGGUGCCUCUUUGGUCAGUUGUGCUGAAAUUUUAAAUGCGCAGUGGCCACAUCUCGGCUCAUAGGACCGUUUGGUUAUUCUUGAUGUCACACCAAGUCCCAGGAACCAAAGCUUGGGAGUUGGGUUGGUGGAAAUGGGCCGUUCUGAGGCAGCUCUAUCAGACUGGGGCCAAGUUCCUGAACUCUUGACUGUCCUUCACCGUGGUCCUUAACCCCAGGUAUUCCCUUCGUAUAAGGCACUCCCCAGCCACAAGCCACUCCCCUUGAUAAAGCCACUUCCUCCUCCACAAGGUGUUCUAAAUGCAGUGCCUCUCUUCUGUCGUCUGGCCAACAAGGGAUGGAAUUCAUAUUUCUUGAAUUGUUGUGGAAUGCAGGUCUUCCUCUAUUUCUGCUCUUUGGUCUGGAUGUGUUUUCUUCUGAUGUAUCUGUCUGACGUGAUGUACCUCUUGUGUGGAACUCCUGUAUGGUCUCUGAAUUUUUCUUAAUCGCCGUCACAUUUUGAUGUUGCUUUAUCAUGAGUGGCUUGUAAUUCGCUCACAGCAGCCUUUUUUUGUGGGACUUGCCCCUUAAUUGCUUGCAUAGCCAAUCACCUGUCCCCAGAGUCCAUCCAGGCAAAGUGUCUGGCCUCUGACUCUCUGAUUCUGUGGUUAACGUCCAUGCAGUGGUGUCCCACGAGCCGCCUUCUUGCACUGAUCUACUUCAACUUUUGAUGGAAUAGCAGCAAUCCAGAUGCUUCAUCCAGAAGUGAUGCUUUUUAUUACUGUAAGCAAACACACAGACUCAAACCUUUCAGUUUAGGGGCCUCGAACUAAACAGGGUCGUCUUCGCUUAAAAAUGCUUUGGGACACUGCUUGUGGUAACCAGAAAGAAUGUUAAGUCUUAAUUUAUCUGUGAGCCCUUUAACUAUCAACGACAUCUUGCAAGCCUUUAGUGAUCUUAUAACACUUUAUUCUCCACCUGGGUUAUUUUUUGUCUGCAAACCUGUCAUACUGACCAUUCAGGACAGCUGAGCAGUAUAAGGUUCAUCAUUCUGCUCCUUUUUGUUCCCUCCUCUGUUCUUUUUGUCCCUGUUUUGUUCUUGUGCUGACUGUAGUACUUUUGGCCGACUGAGGAAGAGCCACAGAAACUGGUUACAGAAUCUCUUGGGGGGUGGAAUGCUGAUGCAUUCAAACAUUUAUUGGCUCCUUGCAACCAUUUCACCUCGGGGAGGGGGAAGGUGGAAGGUGACAGGACAACAUGCAUCUGCUGAGACAACCAUACAGAAGCCACUGUAAUCAUGAUUUGAUUACCUGCGAGAUGAAAUCUCAUUAAAAUAAGGAUGCUUUUAAAGGCCUUAUUCUUGUGUGUCUUUGAAAUCUGGGGAAAUGGUUAUGAAUGUGUGAUGCUUUCGUCUUUUGUAGAUUGUGGGCUGCAAAAGCAGGUCUGAACAACAGAAGUCAAAAGCAAAUAUCAAAUAAAUUUCAGCACAAAGUCA